UAGCCUAUAUUAUUUCCCCGUUUAAAACAGCCUAAUCAACAUCCCCAUGAAUCAAAAGUGGUCCGUUUUCGCGGAGGCAGCGAUGUGUUUUCAUCGUGCGAUGGCUACCAUGACAACAGAGGCAAGUGCGGUGAGCGAAGCAGACACUGAGGGCAAGCAGAAGGCCAGCGGUGCCGAGCCUGAACCCGAACCAGAGAACAAACAGAAGCCAGAGGCAGCAGCGUCUGAGCCGGAGGGGGAGCAGUCAGGCAAGAAGGCCCAGGAGCAGGCCUCUGAGCCUGGGCCUGCUGACAUAGCUACCUCCCCUGAGGAGGAGCAGCUGAAGCCUCGUACCCGAACCUCUGCUGGCAAAGGCCUGUCUCGCCUCUUCUCAUCUUUCCUCAAACGCCGCUCACAGUGCUCCGAGGGAGAGGGGUUUGAGGCAGAGAAAGCCAGGGAGGAAAAGGCAGACAAAGAGGAAAAAGCUGACAAGGCAGAAGAGGAGAAGGUGGAAGAGGUGAAAAGCGAAGAGGAGGAGGCUAAAGCAGAGGAGAAAAAAUCAGAGGUGAAAGAAGUGACAAAGAAAGAGGAAAAAGUAGAACAAAAAGAGGAUAAAAAUAAAGAGGAAGAAAAAGUUGAGAAGAAGGGCAGUAAAAAGAAAAAGAAAGAAGCCAAAAAGAAAGUAGAGGAAAAGGAUGAAGAGAAAUUUUAA